CACUGCAUUAUUCAUGCUAAGAAGCUCAAGGUAUCCACACCGCCAACCCUCUCCAGCAAUCAUCGCAAGCUGGGUGACGAACAGGAAUCAGUCGCCAGCCGCAUGCCGAUCUCCCUUGCUGAAUCAGAAUCAUCUUAAAGCGAUUCUCACCCAUUUGAGUGCUACACAGCCCAACAUCACCAAUCCAAAUUAUAAAUCGGCAUAUAUCAGCCCAGGUCACGUUGGCGUCACACGUCGAUACCUGCACUCCUGUUUGGCUACCGAAUCGAGCUGGUCACGGAACCGAGACACCCGUGUUCCGCACGGCUGCCCUCAUCCAUAGACGAAUCGCGUGUCCCCAGGCAACAGUGAGCUGUCGCGUCCGUAGGCAGCGGUAGUUUUUCGCAACCGCCCUCCAGUGGCACGCCAUCCAACUCCAUGGCGCAUCAUACUGGCCGCGGAGGCACAUCGCUCGCACCAACACCCACACAUCCCCAUCACUUGUCGAGAGAAUCGAGUAGGGACGAACUAGAAAUGGCUGAUGCUCUUCGACGUUUGAAUCAAGUGCAGGAAACCCAUGGACAGAGACAAGAGAUCACUCUCCAAGAACAUCAGCCAGACACUCCUCAAACAGAACCAGAAUCCAAGAUUUAUCAUUCACUCGAGGAUGCAGUACCCAUUUCACAAGGACCGGCGACACCAGCAACCUCAAUAUCAUCACCUUUGCCACCUAGAAUCGCUGGAGGAGGAAGUGCGCCUAUCUCUGGCCAAGUUUGCAGUAACUGCAGAACGACACAAACGCCGCUCUGGCGACGCUCACCAACUGGCGAGACGGUCUGCAAUGCCUGUGGGCUCUAUCUGAAGGCGCGGAAUCAGUCCCGACCAGUGAACCUAAAACGUAACACCCAAACGCAACCGACGGUUGCGGCACAGCAAAGCCCAAGACCAUGUCACAGUGAAACUAGAAGCACCUCCCCUGGUAAUUUAGCUGCGUCUCCGCGAGUCGCAACAUAUGUGGCGGCGGACCAGAUGUCAGUGGGGACAUGUCCUGGUGGAGGAAGAUGUAACGGUACUGGUGGUCAACAGGGCUGCAGCGGAUGUCCUGCAUUCAACAAUCGUGUCUCGAAAACUGCCAAAUUUGCGUUAGCCCAAGCACAUGCUACUUCUGGACCAGAUGAUUCCGCAAGCGGUGGUACUGCGGCCACCGGCUUGUCCACGGGGACAGGUGCCACGAACGCGAUUCCUGCUUGUCAAAAUUGUGGGACUACCAUAACACCUCUUUGGCGGAGAGAUGACGCGGGUCACAUCAUUUGCAAUGCCUGUGGACUGUAUUACAAACUCCAUGGCACCCAUCGCCCAGUCGCAAUGAAAAAGCAGGAGAUCAAACGUCGAAAACGAGUCGUGCCUGCUGGUGAUACCAACUCUCAACCUUCACUAUCCCUCGCCGACUAUUCACCCAACCAACGCGCUUCCGAAACCCCCGCAUUCGAGCAUUCAGCAUCCCCAGAAACAUCAACCACCAUCGCCUCCAGAGAGGGCUACACUCCCGAACCACGGGGACCUAUCGCAAUUGAUUUCACUCAUUAUUCUGGGGUUUUGUCGAUCACGCCGCGUUCAUUGGCCCCUCGUACGUCAUCUGCUACGCAACUAGGCGCUCCAUCACCCAGGAAGCGUAGCCGAAGCCUGUCCAUGGACUUCGAAGAAGCGCGCCCUAUAGCUGCAAAUCCGAUCCCCCAUCGACCGAACGCCAUCUCAUCUAUUCUCAACCCACCUCGAGCAGAAGACGCCAACAUCGAUCCAUCGCUGUCGGCAAUGUCCCGAUCGAGCGCAGGACCGUCCCCAGGUUCGACAGCGGCGCAGGAAGAUAAAACGGCGAGAAGAGAACGAUUGAGGCGGGAAGCAGAAGUCAUGAGACAGGAGUUGGAGAGGAGACAUAAAGAACUGGAAGAUUUGGAAAACGAUUAAAAUAUUGAGCUGCUCCUCGGAAAAGUACAAGAACGGGCGGACGGAUUUGUUUUCCCACAAUGGGCCACGUAACGGACCGGCAAAGCAACAUGUCCAUCAUUGGACGUCGGCACAGUUCUUGGAGUAUGGGAAUUCCUAGAACUUUGGAGUUCGAAAGCGUAGCGAUUGUAUUUUGACAUUAGCGCUCUACAGGUUGGGGGUAAAAUCUGUAUUACGACUCGCCAUGAUAGAUAGACUGGGUUGGUUGUACAAUGUGGGACACAGUCCAGAUCGCUAUAAGCAUUCUCGGUGUGGAGAGAUGAGUUGCAUCUAACUACGUUUGGAGUAGAACUUCGCUCGUGAUAGCAGCUUUCGUAGCCGCACACGGUCCCAAAUUUACGAAUGAUACGAU